UUUCUCUCCCACCUCUCAUUUCCAACAAUGGUCGCCCCACCCUCCUCCUCCUCCUCCUCCUCCUCCUUCUUCUUCCUCCUCCUCCUCCUCCUCCUCCUCUCCUCCGCCACCUCUCUCCAAUUCCAAACCCUCAUCCCUCACUCUCUCCCAAAUCCCACCAGAUUUUCACCCGAUUCUCAGACCCUAACCUCUUCAACUUUCCAAGAUCAAGAUCAAAAUGAAAAUGCCAUCUCUUUAGAUUUGCACCAUCUAGACACCCUCUCCCUCUCUUUCAAUGCCACCCCGGAGACCCUCUUCCACCACCGUCUCCGCCGUGACUCCAUCCGAGUCAAAACUCUCACUUCCCUUGCCAACUCCACCGCAACAGGCCGGAGGACCAAGGCGGAUUUCAGCAGUUCUGUCAUCUCCGGCCUUGCACAGGGUUCCGGUGAGUACUUCACCCGCAUCGGUAUAGGAACUCCUCCCAGAUAUGCCUACAUGGUGCUCGAUACGGGAAGCGACGUCGUUUGGAUCCAGUGCUCUCCCUGCCGGAGAUGUUACACACAAUCCGAUCCCAUUUUUGACCCCACCAAAUCAAAAACCUUCGGUGGAGUCGCCUGUGGAACCCCUCUCUGUAAUCGUCUCGAUUCCCCAGGAUGCAACAAGCGCAAGAAAUGUAUGUACCAGGUCUCCUACGGCGACGGUUCUUUCACCGUCGGCGAGUUCUCCACCGAAACGCUUACGUUUCGGAAGACGAAAGUGAAUAACGUAGCUUUUGGGUGCGGCCAUGACAACGAAGGCUUAUUCGUUGGAGCAGCCGGGUUAUUGGGUCUGGGUCGGGGCAAGUUAUCUUUCCCUAACCAAGCGGGUCGUCAGUUCGGGUCCAAGUUCUCUUAUUGUCUGGUGGAUCGUUCCAUGUCGGCUAAACCAUCGUCUUUAGUGUUCGGCAACGCCGCCGUGUCACGGGUGGCCCGUUUUACUCCUUUACUCAGUAACCCGAAACUGGAUACGUUUUACUACGUGGGACUGAUGGGAGUCUCGGUGGGAGGCGUUCGAGUCCCUGGAAUAUCGAGCUCCCUGUUUGAGCUGGACAACGCGGGCAACGGGGGUGUGAUCAUCGACUCAGGGACGUCGGUGACCCGGUUGACCCAACCGGCGUAUGUAGCGCUCCGAAACGCGUUCUUGUCGGGAGCAUCUCACUUGAAGAGAGGACCGAAUUUUUCGCUUUUCGAUGCGUGUUUUGAUCUGUCGGGGAAGACGGAGGUGAAGGUACCGACGGUGGUGAUGCAUUUCAGAGGUGCGGAUGUAUCUUUGCCGGCGUCGAAUUACCUAAUUCCGGUGGACAGCGGGGGGAGCUUUUGCUUUGCGUUUGCGGGAACGGCGAGUGGGCUGUCAAUCAUCGGGAACAUCCAGCAACAAGGAUUUCGGGUGGUGUACGAUUUAGCGGGUUCUCGGGUGGGUUUUGCGGCCCGGGGGUGUGCUUAAUUAGUAUGAGCAGGAAUUAGUGUAGUUGUUAUUGGUUUUUAAUGAAAAGAAAAAGGAAGACGCAUUUGGUUGCGUUGUAUG